AUGUCGACGGGCUCUUCCUUAUCCCCUUCUCUUCCUCCCUCGGGCCCCGCGCCCUCCUUGUUCCCGCCGCCGACGGCUUUGACAGUCUUCCUCGUGGCGGCUUUCUUCGGCAUUUUGCUGUAUGGCUCAAGUCUCCACCAGACGUACAAGUACGCCCGUUCGUUCCCUAAAGACUUGAUCUCCAUCAAGCUACUGGUCCUUCUCGUGAUACUGCUCGAGACUUUCCAUGCCAUCCUGACGGUGCAUUCCAUCUACUUCUACCUCAUCGAAAACUACUUCCGUCCGGAGUCUCUGUUGCAUGGAGUGUGGUCGCUUAACGUUCUGUCUGUGAUUUCGGGGGUCAUCGCGCUCACAUCACAAUUAAUCCUGGCUCGACGUGUUUCUUUGAUUGGCAUCCCACAGCGCAUCAUCGUGAUCAUUGCCAUCAUUAUCCUCGCUGCCGAGACAGCACUCGCGAGCAUCGGUACUGUCAUAGCUUUCGUUUUCGACAAACGCACAGUGGUAGCAAGCAUCACUGUGCUCGGCCUGAUCCUAGCGUUCGUCGGAGAGGCGAUGUUGUCGGUGACCUUGGUCAUGGCAUUUAGGAAAGUCCGUGCCAACCGAGAUGGGUCGCAGGAGUCGCCGCUAGACAAGUGGCAGAUGUACAUCAUCAACACUGGUGCUAUCACCUGUUUCUUCAACUUCCUCACCUUCAUCCUGGCGGCAGCGGCCCCCAACAGUCUCGCUUACAUCGCAAUGACGGUCAUCACGACUCGACUGUACGCCAAUUGCGUCCUAGCGAUGUUGAAUAGCCGCGAGAUCAAGCUGGCGGGCAUGGAGAUCUUCAUGGACCCACGUCCGCUCAUCCUCUCGAACGCCCCGCUAGACGCCGAAAAAGAGAUCUGGAACCUCCCAAAUCUAGAGCCCGAAUUCGAAUUCGUCGAGGCCAAAAUGGUGACCGACACUGACCGGAACCGCGGGUCGAUGGCUGACAAAGUCGUGCAUAUCGCCUGA